GUGACAGCAGCACUUGACAAGUUGCCCGUCUCGUUGAUUAGGAGGGAGAAGGGAACGGAAGGUUGAAGUUUAGUAGCCCGCCAUGUUUUUCACCAAGUGGGGUGUGUAGAAGAGGCCGGGGUGAAAAAUCAUCUCUCGAGGCAUGCAGUGUCAAAAUGGGAAGGAGACUAUACUUGUUAUCCUUCGCUAAGACCUGCCAGCCUCGCCUUAUCAAGAUAUCCACCACCUAUGUACAAGAACCUAAUAACAUUUAAUCAACAUAACUAAGACUAAAAGGAACAUUCUUACUAAUUGCGAAGAAGAAACUUGUAACUGAAUUCGUAAAAUUAAGAGUAAGAAGAGAAAAGAAAACAAAUAUACGGUAAACUUGAUAGUCACAAGGUGGUGGAUUAAAUAGAAUUGAAACAUUAAAGGACAAUAAUAUUAAACUGUAAUAUUGCACUGUAAAUAAGAAAGAAGAUGAUCACCCUGGUGGCAGUGGAGUUUGUGAGAGUUCCUGAGUGUAGGUGGAAAUUUAUCAAGAGGGAAUGAGGAAUCCGGCAUUGCAUUUGGUCGGGAUAGCGGCGUCCCCUGGAGGAGACGAGGUCUUUGGUACAAGGGCCGAGGAGGAGUUGCGCCAGUGGCUUGAGACACGCUUGGACGCAUUGGGGAUUGACCCGGUUGCGUACUCGCGUUUUGUGCUCAGCCUAUUGCGCCGCCCCGACUCGGCCCUAAGUCCUCCAGAAGAGGCAGUAAGCGUUAAUAAAAGUACAGGACGUCGCAUUCGUCCCCGGCCUAAAGCAAAACUGCCACCUCAAGGAGAGAGGGAGCAAAGACGAGCUGUUGUGCAAUGUCUUAAAAGUGCUGCCGAUAACAAAUGUGGAGUGGAAACGUUAGUUGAUGAACUGUGCACGAAAUUAAGAGAUUUGGAAGGAGGAGGUUCACACGAUGAAAAAGAAGAAUCCAAAAAGUUAGAUAGCGAAUCUAAAACAAACCUGGAAGUUCUUACUCCACGCGACAGGGCUCUCAGAUACUACGCAGCAUUUCCUGCCUUACAACCUACAAGCCUCAAAAAAUUUUCUCAAAGAAAGGAUAAGAUCUUUGGGAAUAAUAACAAUAAUAACAACACAGAUAGUAGUAUCAAUUAUAACAAUAAUAAGAACAACAAUAAGGCUCGCAAUAAGAAAACAAAAAUGCCAAUUACUAUUGAGACUCAAAGAAGGGAGGAUAAAGAGAGCUUUGGAUUUGCUAAAUCUAUGGAAAGAGAAAGAGAAAAGGAACGUGAAUUAGAAUUAGAUCAAUUGAGAUUAGCACAGUUGCAAGCAAAAUUUGACGAAAGUUUAGAAGCACUUUGGGAUUCAGGACCUGGCAAUGCACAAGAUACAGCUUCUAUCUGGGCAGCACCUACUCUUUCUAUUCCUUCUGGACCCCUUUGGCCCACGGAUACUACCGAUAUAACUUUUACUUUAUCCACUGCAGAUAAUGGUUAUGCUACUGAUACACCAUAUCAAGAAUGUAUUGUUGACGACUCACCGCUUAUUCCAUGGGAUAUCGAUUUAAUCAGCAUUGAAGAUUAUGCAGAGGAAUGUAGUAACAAAAAUAAAUCAGAAGGCAAUAUAAACUGGUCAGAUACGGUUAUGGAUGGACCUUGGUGUUGGAAAGGACUUGGUAGUAAUUUGACUACCUUAAACCAUAGUCCUCAGACAGGUAGUUGCUUCUUUCCAGUUGCACCACGUAAGACUCCCAUUGGAACACGAAAAGAAUCUCGUUCAAAUCUGAAGGUACAUAGCCUUCCUGAACCGGACGAGGAUUUACUCACUUCAGCCAGGACACAUUUUCGUCCUAUAAAAGACGAUGGUAAUUGGGCCGAUGGGACUACUUUUCCAGUAAAUAAUGCUUUAGAACGGGUUGCAUAUAGGAGAUCUGAAUCAGGAAAUUUGUUGUAUCUACCUGGUGGAGAAAGCCCUUACAUGGAAUAUCGGGAAAGUAACUCGCCGAUUCCUUCUGCAUCUUCGAAUUUAACAUUGAAAUUCCGGGUGCGUCAAUGCGACAAAUGCGUUCAAACCGAGCCCAUACGGUCUCCGAUAAAACGCCGAAUUCUCUCCGAACAGGAUCAUUUUCACUAUUCUCCGGUCGAAUCUGAAGAAACCAUUGCUCAUGAACAAGAAAAGAUAGAAAAAGAUUACUUUUCUUUGAGUCAGCUGGGCUGGGUACAAAAUAAUGUACCUCUGCACAACGAUCGUAAAAGACCAAGAAACUUUGUAAACACAAUGGCUGAAAAAAGUGAUUUGAUCUCCAAAACAUUUCAACGUGCUGAAAAACACUUACAAGAAAGAUUAAAAGCAGGAUACUUACAGAAAUAUGAUCAUUAUGUGGUACCAGGAUAUAAUCUAAAUACAUCAUUUUGUACAGAUGAUCAAGAUUUGAAUAAUAUUAAGCGACUAUAUCAAAAUUUUCCUUAUGAAUGUGAUUUACCAAAACCAUUACUACCUCCUGCUAAAUUAUCACGUUCUGUAUUGCACGAAGAAGAUCCUGUUCUGGAAUCUGUUACAGUCAAAUCCUAUAUGAAAGAUGAUAUAAAUAGAAUUUUAGAUUAUUAUGAAAAACAUAAAAAAGAUCUGGGAACUGUUCAUAAAAGGGGAAUAAAAUGGUCCAAAAAUAGUGAUACAGCAACCACUGUAUUACCUAAGUAUGCUGCAGAAAUAGCUGAACUUGUUGAAUUAGAUCCUGAUCCUUAUUUAAAAGGGAAUUACAACUGGUAUUAUACCGGAGGAAGUUUAACUAAUGUUAUAUAUGGUGAUCAAACUAUUUUAAUCUACCCUUAUGUAGGAGAGUUAGUUGCUUCUCCAUUAAUGCCUAUGGAAAAUGCAUUAUGGAAACCAAUAUUACAAAAGUCAGACAAACUUAAUCUUGAUGGUACAUUAUAUGAGCUGAGAUCCUAUGUUAUUGAUGAUCUAUGUGUAAUUUUAGGUAGAUACAAAAAUCAUUGUAUAUUGUAUAAACUUUUUAUGUGGGACAAUAAAGUAAAAUUAAUUGAAUUCUAUAAACAAACUUCCACAUUACCAUAUGUUAGCGUAGAAAUGUGUGCCCUUAGUCAAGAUUAUUUUUGUACAGUAGAUGUAAAUCGCACAGUAUCAUUAUGGAACAUCAAUAGAAAGAAAUGCGUUACAAGUCAUAAAAUAUUUAAUUCUAAAGUCUUGGAUGAUAAUUGGGGAAGUAUUAAAUAUCAAUUAUUAGAUCCGCAUAUAUUAAUAUUUAUUGAUAGAUGCUGUCUCCAUCAUCUUGACACUAGGAUACCUUUUGGUCAACCGUCAUUAUCACUUUGUCCAAAACAGUAUUUGGAACAAUGUGAAAGUCUGUCAGUGGAAAAAGAUAGUAGACAUAGUUCAUGCAGAUACGUAGGGACAUAUCACAAUCUUUUGUUAUGUGAUAAUCGGUCUCCGAAAGAAUGUGUAAGACAGAAGUGGACACAUCAGUUCAGAAGUGUUCCUCUUUUACUUCCCACCAUAAAUCGAAAUGAAGAGGAAAUUCUUGUUUUAUCAAGCCCAUUAGCUGGAGAAAGUUCAAUGAUUUUGAACACAUGGACUUCUGAGAAUUCUCAUUCUUAUAAUUUACCAAUAACUCUACCUAAUAUAAUGGAAACAUUGAAUGAAGCGCAAUUGCAAGGCUUAUGUUUAGAUCCAUACUUGAAAAAUAGAUUGGAGCUAUGUAAUGCUGGUUCCACAUUAUUAAAUAAUCAGAAAGGAGAUGUAUUUUUUUUUGUACAAACAUCUAUAGGCGAUGUAUUUUAUCAAUGUAUUACACACGAAGAUAUACUUGACAAACAUUUUGAAAUAAAAGAAAGAACAGUUUCUGCGUUAAAUGCUUGGGAACAUGCAUUAAUGACACAAGAUGAUCCAAUUGCACCUCUCACUAUGUCAAGUAAAUGUAAUAUGAAACAUGUAUAUAAAAGCUUUAAAAACAAGCAGUUACAAUUAGACAAACAUGAAGAAUUAGAUGAUAAUCAUGACCAAAAUUGGAAAAAAUCUAUUGAAGAAUUAAGCUCCUACGAAGAUAUUUUAGCGCCAGAACUUCUAGCUGUGUGGGGAAUAUCUGAGCAGAUUUCUAUUUCAUUGUCAGCAACUCCUCAUCAAAAAGUUUUAAAUUGGUUAGAAAAGACUAAUGAUAAAAUUGCUUUACCUCCUCUACAAGAUGAUAUAGAGUACACGGAUACACCAAUAAAUUCACAGGAGUUGAUAAGUGUAUCUCAAAAUCCAGAUGAAAGAUAUUUAAAUGAUAAUGAUAAUGAUAAUGAUAAUGGUAAUGGUAAUGAUAAUCUACAAGAAUUAUUUUUGCCUAGAGUCAAAACAAAAUCAAUCAAAAGAAAAAAAAAGACUGCAAAGUAAUAUUGUAAUUUAUAUCGUUAUUAUGUAAAGUUUAUAUUUCAUCAAUAUGCUGGUACAUAAUGAUAAUGUAUUAUAAUUUGUAAACUGUACAUAUUUUUAGACAUUUUCUAUACAAUAUAUACUCGUUGAUAUUUUUGUAUGCUAUAUACGCAAAAAACAAUGUGUAUAGUAGAUGUAAAAUAAUGUAAAAGGUACUGAUUGUUUAUUCAUUUUAUAAUAAAAAUUGUACAUUUACUAUUGGUAAGAUCAUCAGUUUGAACGAAAUGGUAUAUUGAAUGUAAUCUCGUAUUUAGUUGUUUCGAAAGUAUCUUAUAUUAGAACACAAUUUAAAAUGACUAGCGAUUUCGUAGAAAAGAAGGAGUCCAUCUUGAGGUAAGAUGUUUACUAUUCUCUUUCUGUGUCUUAUUUUCUUCUUCCAAUUGUUCCUAAAAUAUUUUAAUAUAAAAGUAAAAAUUAAAGUAAAAGAGAAAAUAAAUCUGUAAUUACUAUGA